GCCGGGGCGGUGCUUGACUGCCUGCCUUAAGGCAGCUGUCCCUGCCAGCCACGCCAGAGCCGGUGAAGGCGCAACGAGCUGUGACUUUGCAUCAGCAGUAGCGCCGGCGAUCUUCCCCUAGCCGCUGCCUGCCUGCCGUCUGUGAAUCCCGAGGGAGUUGUUUGCCGCUGUGCCCCUUGAGAGCCCGAUGGAAAAGGCAGAGGAGAGGCGCCCUGGCUUCUUGCCGCCCUUCAAGCACUUCGCGACGCAGGCCAUCCACGUGGGGCAGGAACCCGAACAAUGGAAGUCCAUGGCCGUGGUGCCCCCCAUUUCCCUCUCAACCACGUUCAAGCAGCAGGCGCCGGGAGAGCACUGUGGUUUUGAGUACAGCCGUUGUGGAAAUCCUACUCGAGAUUGCUUGGAAAAGGCUGUGGCAGUGCUGGAUGGUGCAAAGUAUUGUUUAGCGUUUGCUUCUGGGUUAGCAGCUACACUGAAUAUUGUACAUCUGUUAAAAACUGGAGAUACUAUUAUUUGCACAGAUGAUGUCUAUGGAGGUACCAACAGAUAUUUCCGGAGGAUAGCAUCAGAGAUGGGUUUGAAGGCCAUUUUUGUUGAUUGUACCAAACUGGAAUGUCUCAAAGCUGCAAUCACACCAGAGACUAAGCUUGUCUGGAUUGAAACUCCCACAAAUCCAAUGAUGAAAGUGAUUGAUAUUCAAGGGUGUGCAGAUAUUGUCCAUCAGCAUAAAGGCAUUCUCUUAGCGGUUGACAAUACUUUUAUGUCUGCAUAUUUCCAGCGUCCUUUGUCUCUGGGGGCAGACAUCUGUAUGUACUCAGCAACUAAGUACAUGAACGGUCACAGUGAUGUUGUAAUGGGACUGGUGUCAGUAAAUGACAAUGAUCUCUAUGAGAGGCUCAAAUUUUUACAAUACUCCCUUGGAGCAGUUCCAUCCCCUUUUGAUGCCUAUCUUUGCAAUCGGGGCUUAAAGACACUGUCAAUCCGCAUGAAACAACAUUUCCGCAAUGCACUGGUGAUUGCUCGAUACCUUGAGUCAGAUCCCAGGGUGGAAAGGGUCCUUUUCCCUGGAUUGGCCUCACACCCACAAUAUGAGCUGGUGAAGCGUCAGUGCACAGGCUGCCCAGGAAUGAUUUCCUUCUACAUAAAAGGGAACCUUGAACAUGCCACCACCUUUCUCAAAAACUUAAAGCUUUUUACACUGGCUGAAAGUCUGGGAGGAUAUGAAAGUCUGGCAGAGCAUCCUGCCAUCAUGACUCAUGCGUCUGUUCCAAAGGCAGAAAGAGAAGCCCUUGGAAUCUCUGAUACGUUAAUCCGCAUGUCUAUUGGCUUAGAAGACUCGGAAGAUUUACUGGAAGAUCUAGACCAAGCUCUGAAAGCAGCAUUUCCUGAUUAUAAAGUCCGCAAUUAGGAGACUCCAUUCCUGUGCCUCUGUAGUAUAAGGAAAAUGAACCGAUAAUCUGUGCUACUCACGAAUUUUCUGUGAUUCAAUUUCUUCGAAAUGACCAUUUAUCUUCAAUGUUUUGAAAGCAAGCCAACUUUAAGCGGGACCCUUUGGACAUCAUCCCAUUGACUAAGCCUAUGCCUUCUAUCAGCGUCUUGUUCUUGGAGCUAAAACAAAAAAGGUCACCAUUCUUUCCAGAAGUGAAUCUGAGGUGACUGUGAUUCACACUUGGAACAGGGCAUCUAGUAAUGUCUGAAGAUAUUUAAAAUAGUUCGUCAUAUCUGACCGUGCUAAAAGGAUAUCACUAUGAUAUCCUUUUGUUCAUUCUGCUCCUCCUUGUCAGGUUGUUGAAUUUUUAAAAAAAUGUUCAGAGCUGCUUCAGAUGCAAAAGGUGAUGUCAGAUAAGUUCCUUUGUUGUUGUUAUUUCUCUCUUUUGUGCAAUCUUGAAAAAUGAAGCAAAAUCAGUUGCAUGGUACUGUAUGCGUUGGCCUGGGAUCAAACUUUUAUAAGCAGAAGGAGCUCAUGUAAUUUUCAGCUUUCCUGCCUUCUCCUCGCAGACCCCCUCCUGAAAAUCCUCUGAGGCCCAUUCCACAUGGCACACUUUAAGCACACAAUACUGAGUAUUCACUCUGAUCAAUGGUGAAUUGGUAUGGGCUCGUAGCAUUCUGCACUGCACGACCUCGAGGUGAUUUAGUGUCUGCUUUCUUAUUCCAGACAAGUUGAGAAGUGUUUGUUUCAAGCUGCCUUUUAUGCUGGCUGGAGCUGAUGUCAUGUUUUUUUUUUUUUAUUUCAGAGCAUGCGUAGUAACAUUGCAUCAGAGCUCAGUUUGUUCACCACCACCUCCUUCUCUAUGUCCGUGUAUUUGCUGAUUGGGCAGUCUUGUGCCCACCAGUUUUUAAUUUUCAAACAUGAGCCCCAGUUGUCAAGAAAGGAAAUAAAAAGUAAACCCAAGAAGUAAUCAGUGGGUAAUAUGGAUUGACAUCAGGGAACAGGACACGUAUUGUGCUUAAAGGGGUAGAAUGCAGAAAUGUCUCACAGCUUUGCGACUCUCUCCUAGUUAAAAGUGUGUGUGUGGGAGACUGGAUGUUCAUUUGCUUGGGGCGUGUUUCAGGCUUCUCCUAAUGCUAAAGAGGAAAACAAUAAAGAUGUGUGUGGAGCGGUGAGGAGGGAGGGAACGGUUUUGGCAGCUGUUGAGGAGGACGCAGCGCUACAAUCCUCUGAAAACUUUCCUGUGUGCCAGCCAAGACUAAUUUUUUAGAUUAAGAAUUAAGAGAUUACGAGGACUAUUACUGCAGUAAUGGUUCAGCGUUAAUACCCUAUUUCUUUGAUUUAAAGAAAAAAAGGAAAAGGAAUUUGGAGAGCUGAAGAGGGAGAGAGCGGUUUCCAAAGCCAUUUGAGAGAGGAGGACGCAGCUCUAUGAACCUUCUCUAUAAUUUCCCUGUGUACUAGCCAAGACUUAGGAGGAGUUUUUUAGAUUUAGAAUUUACAAAUUAGAAGGAAUAUAAGUGCAGUAACAUUCCAGUGUUACUGCCCCUUUGCAAAAGAAAAAAAAUGGCAGAAAAAAGUUCAUGGAACUGAGGAGGGGGCGUGUGGUUACUGGCAAAUAGACCAAUCAGCUCCUGGGGGAAAGGAAGGGGAGGACAAGAAGCCGAACGGGAGUAUGGUGCUUUUUACAGACAUAACACGCUUCAGUGUUGAGUAGGCAGUGGCUUUAAAAAUCGUGGAAUGUGCACAGGGAGAAAAAAACGGAUAAAAGAUGGACAAAUGUCAUAUCUGCAUCCCAUGACUUCCUUGCACGUGUGGAACUCUGGAGAACAUGGGAAGCAGAAUAGGAUACAAAAUGCUGUAAAAUGUCUUGUGUAGAAAGGGCCUGAGGGAGUUGGGAUCAGGAAAAAUCUCUCUCCUCCUCUCCCCAGUCUUCCAUGAGCUCAGCAAAGUUUAACUCAGUGGAGGCUGCUGUGGGGGGUGGGGAAUGCAGGGAACAUCCACAAGCAACCACCUUCCACUUACACAAGUUUUGAUCCAACACACUGUGUUUAAAAAUUAAAUCUGGAAUAUACUUUGGGGUUUUGUUUUGAAAUUGCCAGUAUAUAUAUAUAUAUUUAAUUAUGCAAGUUGUAUCUUUUGGUUACAAUACUUGUUUUUAUUUUGGAUAAUUUUAAUUUUGUAUAAAUCUGUUGUUCCAGGAUUUGAGGUGAAUGAACUAUAGUCAUAAGUAAUAAUAGAUUGCCUGUUGAUUUCCAUCACUCAUAAAUUAAAGCAAAGUUGAUUUGAAUCCAGUUUUUCUGAAGAGUAAUUUUGAAUCAUGAAACAAGUGAGCAUUUUGGUAAAAAGAAUAUACAGACUUUCUUUUCCCAGACACUUUUUCUUGCUGCAAGAUCCUUUUUUGCUAUGUGCUUAAUACAUUUUGGUGAAGAUACUAGAUUUGUAGAAAUCAUCAUUAAAAUAAGAAAUCAAGCCAG